CAUCAAGAGUUUGUCUUGCGUCGCUCGAUUGGUGUGGAAAAUAAAAUGAUUUCUAAGCAAUACGAUCGGCAGUGGUUCAGAAAGGUGACGUGAGAGCGAGAGCCUAUGACAUAGCAGUAAGAGCUGUAUGACAUGAGUUGGUAUAAAUUAGGGCAUUGCAGAACUAUUUGGUAUCAGUCCACUUUUGGUACUCCAAUCAGACAGAUCUAGGAAAAAAACAUCACAAUGUUUAAGAUUGUUCUAGUGUUGGUUUUGGCAGUAGCGGCCGUUUCCGCUCAAUGGGAGGGUGGCUAUGGAGGUGAUCACCAUCAUCACCAUGAGGAACACCAUUCGCAUCCCAAGUAUAAGUUCGAGUACGGCGUCAAGGAUCAUAAGACCGGAGAUCACAAGAGCCAGUGGGAACACCGCGAUGGAGACGUUGUGAAGGGACAGUACACGCUGCAUGAAGCUGAUGGAACUGAGCGCAUUGUCGAAUACACUUCCGACAAGCAUCAUGGAUUCCAGGCGCACGUGAAACGCGUUGGUCAUGCUCAUCAUCCACAGGUUUAUGGACACCAUGAGGGUGGCUACGGAGGCGGUGAGGGAUCGUUCGGAGGACACGGACACGAGCAUGGUCAUGCCAGCAGCUAUGCCAACUCGAACCUGCAUUCUUAUCAUCACUGAUUGAAUGUUCUGUUAGACUGAUCUCAAUAUUUUUUCGUAUCUGUCGUUCGUCACGCUUAUCUCUGUAAAUAAAUUUCAGUUUUAUUCUCAA